CGGCUGUACCUGAUUCGUAUCAAGAUUGUUCGUAUACUAUUACGCCUGUAUUCCUACUCCUGCAAAAGCAAAAAUCUUGAGUAAGAAGUUGUAGACGACGAUCAACGCCAUCAGGUCACUGAUUAACUGUCCUAGAAGUAAUUUUCAACCCCUCAACUACAGUUAAAGAUCUUGAGCAAUCAGUCGCAAAAGAAACCGCGCAAUUCCGUUUUUUAAGUAAUCUCAUUCUCAACAACAAGCACCUUCAUCACCUUCUCGCAGCUUUUUUUCAGUCGUUUAUUUCUGUGAUAGCUGCGUUUGAAAAUAAAAACACGUUUACUCUCGCGCUGUACAAUCACCCCUUCUGGUGGUAGAUUCUUCUGUUGGAAGAUUCUUCGCAUACCUUAAUUGCAAAAACUACAGAAAGUAAACGCCGUUUUUCAGCUUUUUUACCAGUACCUCUAUCAUGUCGCCCCUACGUAAGGUUUUUGCCGUGUCCGCUCUGCGCUACCUUGUGCAGCACAGCUUGACCAUGUCUACUGGCGUUCUGCACGUGCACUGCGUGCAACUGACAGGGCAACGCCUUAACACUCAGGACCUGCCUCCUGGUACUGGUGUUCCAGACCCUGUAGUUGGUGCUGGACACAUUCCCGGUGCUCCGCCGGGUCCGCUUGUUGUACCUGUUGCAGCUCCUCCUGCUGCUGCUGUCGUGGCCCAGCCGCCUCCCGGGCAACUAAUGCGCGACUGUGCUCAGGGUUUCUGUAGUCCCUGUUGUUGCUGUGCCCCCAGGGCGGGGGCCCUCGACACGGUGGGGGCUGUACACCCGAGGCGUUUAGCUGCCCAGAAAGCGGGAAAAUACUGCGGAGUCGGAUGUGGUUGUUGUCUUGUUGGAGCUGGUGCCAUUUACUUGGGUGUAGAGGCUGGGACGUAUCGACUGCAAAUGCGCCUGGGUCUGGUGGAAGAGUGUAAGUUGUGAUGCUACCUUAGGAUACGAAAGAAGUCUGUAUCUCAUGAUCGCCAAAAGGUAAAGGUAAAGGAGUCCAGUUUUUCCUACGCGCAGAGGGCAUUUAUAUAUGUUUGAUUGUGCAGGAGAAGCAGAAGCAUACGUGUAAGGAAAAGGAUAAGUAGGAAGCCCUCAAAAAAUCUGUGAUGCUGGGACAUACAUCAAGGACAUCAUGGGUCACGCAAAAGGUGCAUGAGAAAGACAAAGGCAAACCCUGUGUCCUCGUCCUUCCUGGCCCAUAUCCUGUGCAAAAGUAUCGUACUCGUAUAAAUGCAAGUCUUGCGCUACAAAUCCUUUUGCUAAGGUAAGACCGCAUUACAAGAAAUUUUACAUCUCAUGCUGAGGAAAUUUGUAAUGCAUUUAUACGAGUGCGAUACUUUUGCAAUGCAUAGCCCAGACAUGAUUGCAAUGCAUAGAGGGUUGCCGUGCAAUAUUGGCUUAACAGCCUGGGAGGCAGGUGUAGAUAGUGGAUCGUGCUGUCUCGGUCUGGGGACAUAUUACUGUGGGAGAGGGCACGAAGAGGCGGUCGCCCCUUCGCAAUGGACCAUGGGGCCCUAG